GCGCUUCCCCUCCCGCCCCUCCCGGUCACCCCGGCAACGCCGCCCGGGCCCAACAUGGCGUCGUCGGUGCGGGCCGGGCCGCGGCUGCGGCGGGCGGUGCGGGCCGGAGAGCUGGCGGGGCUGCCCGCCGGGCUGAGGGGUGAGCUGGAGGCGGCGCUGGCGGAGGAAGGAGCGCUGGUGCCGUUCGGCCUGCUGCGGAGGCUGCACGCCGCGCUGAGGGAGGCAGGGUCGGCGCUGCACUUACACGAGCUGCUGGAAGGAUGCGAAAUCCACCUGCCCGAGGUGCCGGUGCCGCCGCGGAACCCCGAGCUGGUGGCACGGCUGGAGCGGAUCAAGGCCAAGCUGGCACACGAGGAGUACCGGCGGAUGACCCGCAACAUCACCGGCCAGGAGAUGAACGGGCCAUUGGCUGAAUUGGGGAGGCAAGUUCGCUCCGUGAAAGCCGUUGUCAUCACCAUCUUCAACUUCAUCGUCACUGUGGUGGCCGCCUUUGCCUGCACCUACCUGGGCAGCCAGUACGUCUUCGCAGAGACAGCGGCGCGUGUCCUGUCAGCUGUCAUUGUGGCCUCGGUGGUGGGUUUGGCUGAGCUGUACGUGAUGGUGCGCACCCUUGAAGGGGACCUUGGGAAACUGUGACCAUGAACUGCAGGCUUUGUGCUGGAGGAUUUUGUCCUCCCCAGGAGCUGCUAAUUUGGAACAGAUCUUGUCUGUACCUGUUCCUGCUGUGGGAAGACUGCUGCACUCCUCAGGCUCGUCCUUUGCUUCCUGCUCCUGAAAUGAAUCGUGGGUUGGAAGUCCCAGAGCUGCAGGACAGGACAGGGAAUGGCUGUGGACUCCAACCACCCCAGCAGGGAGAGGGGCAUCAGCUCCUGCCAUCCCUGUUCUGGGAAAUUCCUGUCCUUUUAUUCUGGGAAUAAAUAACACUAUGUGUUUGUAACCUU